GUUUCACGUGACACAGAACAUGACGGAAGAAGUCGGCAGUCGGUCUGUCAGUGCCUUGAAGAUGGCCCUUAUUUCACUUUUAUUCAUCUUUAUUCUGUUAAGUCCCUGUACAGCCCAAGUGCCGCUAGUCGUGUGGACCAGCGAAGGGUACAGUUUGCCAGCACUGGCUGAGCCAUCAGCUGGUGAGAUCGUCGCUGGUGGGAAGCUGGUAUCCUAUCUGAAAUCUACCCUGACAACUUCGCCACACAAUGUGGUGCUCUUUCUGCAGGACAAGUUAAGCAUAGAUGAUUUCACUGUGUAUGGUGGGGUGUUUGGGAACAAGCAAGACAGCGUCUUCGUGAACUUGGAGUCAGCAUUGGAGACCUCUGCUCACCUGGUGCUGCCAGCUCUGGCCUGGUCUGCAGCCGAAUCAGUGGAGGAACUCUUUCACAAAGAGUUUGGGAUUCCAGCACUCCACACUGAACCAGCAGGACUCGCCCAGCUUCAGCUGAGUUCAUCACAGCCUUCUCUUCUGGUUAUCAGCCUCCCCUACACCACCGGCACCCAGUCAAAGGAGCUUCUUAGGAAAAAUGACGAGACCAUUGGGGACGUCCUAACUUUACUGAAAUCUCGGGGUAUUCCUUACACUGCUGUUUACACUGGCCUGAGGCCUUCCCAUGUGACCAAGGACACCCCCAUAUCCAACACUGGAGGAUUCUCGGGACGCUCACUGCUGCAGGUGCCGACAGAAACAGCUGAAACAGCACCAGUGAUUUUCAACAGCACCACCAGUGGGCCAUGUAUUCUGUUUUGGGCUGAUCAUCUAAAUGUGGCCUAUGAGGACAAACCCUCAUUUGACCUGGCCCCCCUUACUUUCAACAAAACUGUCACCCUGGAUGGAUCCAUGUGUAAUGAAACAGUUUCCAGACUUGUCCUGAACUAUAACAAUGUUCUAGGUUACAAAUCCUUCCAGCUCGUCUUUGCAAUGCGCAAGAUCUUCUUCCCUGUGUCUGGUCGUAACUGGAUGGUCAUGGAACAUGUGCAGCUGAACUUCGAUGGCGAGACAGCCCUCUUUAAUAGCACACGUGGCAUCAACACUCCUGCUGAGUAUUCCUUCCACUGCCAGAGGGUGAGCAACACUGAAAGCCCACUGCUGGUGCCCAGCUCAGCCACGGACAAGGCUACCCAGUGGACUCUGCUCUUCACCGAGUUCCAGAUCCAGAGCUUCACUGUGACAGAGAAUUUUGCGUACGCCAGUGACUGUGCAAGCUUCUUCACGCCGGGUAUCUGGAUGGGGCUGCUGACCACUCUGCUCAUGGUCUUCAUCCUCACCUAUGGCCUGCACAUGAUAAUGCAGCUACGCACCAUGGACCGCUUUGAUGACCCCAAAGGCCCUGUGAUUUCAGUGCCUCAAAAUGAGUAACUUGAGCCUCCUGGUGCAUUCAGCAUCCAUCAGCAUCAAUCAGCAUCCAUCAUCAGGUUUUUUCUUGAUUAUUUUUUGCUGAUCUGUAUAAGAAGCCUUCCUCAUUCCUAGUUGGUACCUGAAAUUUCAUUCUGUAGCUGUAGCUCACAAUGGGAGUUUUUAGGUGUUUUAGAGAGUGUGUCAUUUCCUGUGAAGGAAACCACCAAAUAACUGUAGUAACUGUACAUCUGCACUGUUUUUUUGUUUGUUUUUUGAACCAUGAUUUCGUCUUCAGGGCUCUAUGCACUACUAGUACGUUCUCUAAUGUACAGCUCAUAUUUUCUGCUUUCAGCUCAGCUCUGAUUACUUUAACAAUAGUAAACUCACCCUCCCCUUUAUCUUGAAUGAUUGGCCCAGUGCAAAACAUGUACCUGCUAUGUGUUUGUAGUAAAAAUGUGUUAUCUGCCAAGACAUAAUCAUACCAAAUGCUUCCGAAGUGCCCUUUUAAUAGUUUUAAGUUAGAUAAAUAGCUUUAUUAUACUACUGAAGUGCCCAAUACAUUUAAAGCCAAAGCCAUUAGAAAAUGCCAUCACUAUGUGCCUGUGGUUGUCAUUUAUUACCUUAAUAUUAAUUCAGCAUCCUGUGUUAUUUUAUGCUAGUUUCUCUUCCAGAUGUCUUUAACAGGAGACGAUGUUGACCAGAAACUUCCUCAGACUUUCACUUAUGUUCAUGUUUUUUGUUUUUUUUUUCUUGCUUUCUAUUGUCUAAGUCCUCAUCAGUGUGAUCCAGCAGGCUGAUGCCUCUGUUGUCAUCUCUGCCUAAUAAUUUACUCUUGGUUUAUGUGUAAAUUAAAGAAUGGCUGGUAAUUUAAGAGAUAUAUGUAUAUUUGUGCCAUUUUAAGUGCUUUUGUUAUACUGUAUGGACCUGAACAGUGACUAUUCCAGGGUGAUACUGAACAGAUUGCUUAGUAGGCUUGACAUCUUGCUGUGAGUUUGAUCAUGUGUGACUGAGUAUGAAAUAAAGCUAUUUAUACGUGUA